AUGGGUGCUCGAAAGUACAUGUUGACGAUCUGGUCUCUUGGUGAAAACCUGCUGUUUGGAGGAUUGACGUUUGGGUGGGCCUUGCUUGUCAUCAUUCUGAAGGACGAAGGUGUGUACGCUGGGCUAUGUACAGCCAGCAAUACCAGCGAGAAUGUGAGCACGACUACUCCGCCCAUCGACUCGUCAGAGGAAUAUGUCCAAACAUGCAUAGCACAGGAAAGGCAGCUGAAUCUCGUGUUCACCGUAGCCGUGGUGGUGCGAGCCCUGUCAGGACCGUUCAUUGGCCAGUUACUGUACAGACGAGGUGUCAGAGCCACAAGGAUAGUCAUGGUGAUAUGCUUGUCGGCUGGGUUGCUUAUGAUCGCCUUCACUUCUGUUGACAUACCCUGGCUUCUGUUCCCUGGCCUUACUUUCAUGGCUGUAGGCGGCGAGGCUUUGUUCUCCUCUAAUAUCCAGGCGGCGUACUUGUUUCAGUCCGGGAGUUCGUUCGUGGUGAGCCUGAUGUCAGGGAUGUUUGACGCCUCAGCUUCUGUCAUGUUAAUCAUUAAGAUUGUUUAUGACCGUGGUGUGGCCAGGCUCUAUUCUUUCCUCACUAUGGCGGGAGCGUUCAUUCUGUUGGCCUCCAUCAGUUCUAUUUUCUUUCUGCCGAAGACGUUCUUUAAAGACGGAGAGCCUGUUCGCUACAGAAAGCGAAGCACACCUGAUGUUACUGUCACAGCGGUGUCUGACGGAAAAGUAUACCAACGACGAGCUUCUAUAACAUCGGCGGAGUUUCGGAGCAAUAUUAUUCCUCCCCUGCAACACUGCGUGCUCUCACCAGUUUUCCUCUCUCAUGUCCUCUGGUUCUCAAUCCUCCAGCUGCGAUGGUAUUUUUACCUUGGUGCUUUCAACACCUGGAUAACUCUGGUGUCCAAAGGAUCCGAAGAGCAAAUCCACUUCUUUACUGACGUCAGUCUUUAUGUUCAGCUGUGUAGCGUUGUGAUGGCUUUAGUCAGCGGAGUCGUCUUGGGUUUUGAAAGACGGCGAUGUUCAGACAAACCUACAUCCAUACAGAGGCGGCUCCGUCCCUCACUCAGCCUACAAGCCAUCGCCUGUAUACUGGCCAUAGUUCUUUCCUCGGUCAUCCUUGUCCCCUCCACUGACAUUCUGUAUUUUGUGUUCAUCGUGGCCAUAGCGCUGCGGACUCUAAUCUACGGCAUGGGUGCCGCUUAUAUACAGAUGAUAUUCCCGGUGGAGUAUUUUGGGUUUCUGUUCGGAGUUUUGAUGUGUGCUGGAGGCGUGAUAGGAUGUUUCCAAUAUCUACUCUUCGUUUGGAUGGAGACAAACCCAAUAUCACCACAGAAGGUGAACAUUUUCCUCCUCGUUCUGACGGUAAUAUCUCUGAUUCACCCAGUCCACAUCUGGAUAAUCUGUCGAAGAGCUGCCAUAAAAGCUGCAAAUGGAGAAAGAAGAGUUGACAAGUUGGAAAACUACGAUUUUCUGCUCAGAAAAAGGAAGUGA